CGACAAAAGUUGGGAUAAAAAAAUAAGGUCUUCGUCUUGGCUUCCAAAAAUUUCACUUCCCGUCUUCCUCCUCACCAAGCCAAAGCAUCCAUAGCCCCAUAAUCGAUGGCUUCAUCUCUUACCCAAGUCAAUAAUCCUAUUAAUCACACCUCCAUCGCAUCCCCUGUUUUCAUCAACACUGAAUCCCUACACUCCAUUCUCUCACACCGCUCCUUAAUUCAACACUUCUACACCUCUUUACCUACCGUCUCUCCCUCACUCCAUACUCCGAUUCGCCAAAGUUAUUCCGUUUCACCAUCAUCUUCUCUCCUUCUCAUGCCCUCUUGGUCCUCCUCCCCCUUCCUCCCCUAUAUAGGUGUAAAGCUUGUCACCUAUUUCCCGGAAAACUCCAUGCUAAACUUGCCCGGAAUUCAUGCAAGCUAUGUGCUUUUUAGCUCCACAACUGGGCAAACUUUGGCCUCUAUGGAUGGCACUGUGUUGACUCUUUAUAGAACAGCUUGUGUUUCUGGCUUGGCAUCAAAAAUCUUAGCUAGGGAUGAUAGCAAAGUGCUGGUGAUGAUUGGUGCAGGUGCUUUGGCACCCCAUUUGAUCAAGGCGCAUCUCGCUGCAAAGCCCAGUUUGGAGAAAGUGAUAAUUUGGAACAGGACGAUGAAAAAGGCGACUGAUUUGGCUGAGAAGCUGAGGGUAGAAUGCACUGAAAAUGAUGGGGUUUGUUUUGAGAGUAACGAUAACUUAGAGAUCAUUGGAUUGGGUGAUAUUGUGAGUUGUGCUACAAAUUCUGAUAGGCCUUUGGUGAAGGGCGAGAAACUGAAGCCAGGAACCCAUUUGGAUUUGGUAGGAUCGUUCAAGGAGACGAUGAGGGAAUGUGAUGAUGAGGCAAUAAAGAGAGGGAGAGUGUAUGUGGAUAAUGAGGCAGCAUUGGUGGAGGCAGGGGAGAUCGUCGGAGCUCUUGAGAGAGGAGUGAUUGAGAAAAAAGAUGUUGGAUAUUUGGGGGAAUUGAUAAAAGGGGAUGAAGCUGGGAGGAGGGAUUCUCAAGAGAUUACCGUGUUCAAGUCUGUUGGUUCUGCAAUUGUCGAUAUGCUUGCAGCGCAAUUGGUAUAUGAGCAUUACACGAGGGGUUGAGUGGUUCUGAGGUUCCUGUCGUAUCCUCAGAAUUUUUAUCUGUCUGGGGCAAAUCUCAUUUAAAUUUCGCUGUUUUAAAAUAAUCAGAUAUGGAUAAUAAAUGAUAAUCUGCUGUGAGCUAUAAGAGUUUAAUAUUAUCGGUUCCCCUGUAUUUGAUCUUUUCUUUUUAGAUUCUCGAGUUCUAUUUAUAUUAGUUAUCCAUCAACUUAUUACAGAAUUUAGCUGAGACAAGUUGCUCAAACGUGGUUUCUUAGGAUCUUCACUGAAAUAGCCUAAACAAAGCAAGAAUAUUAAGCAAAACAAAUGUGAGUGGUAUAGUAAACGAGCUUGAAAAAAUGGUGAAGAAUGGAUUUCAAUGAUCAUUACUGGCAUCGAACAAAUACAUGAGAUGACAAGCUACAAGGAUUCUUUGAUGCUUGCCGUUCAGUUCAUGGCCUAUUGGGGGGUAGAACAAAACAUCCAGAAUUUAAACUGGACUACGGUAUUUGAUAAUAUCAGACUUCUCUUUGACGGGUCUGUUUCUUUUUGGGCACCCGGUGGGGAAUCCUCGGGAAUAGUAAAUCAUUAAGUUGUCGCUCAGCACUAUAUUCUGAAGUUGCCUGCAAAUACAAUUUUGAUUAGGAUAGAGUAAAACAAUGAGAGAUGCGUUUCUGCAAAUCAGAUACAAUAGGUGCCUACUGCACAGAUAUACUGAAAAUGCCUGUUUGACAUACCCGUGAAUUAAAUCCAAACCGCAACGUUUGAAUUUGUGUUUCAGAGCAAACCCUCAAAUCAAAACCAAGGGAAUCUACACCAAUAACUCCUGCCUCCUAUGAAAGAUGCAAAGAAAAGCUUAUUAACGUAAAUACAAACUGAAAUAUCUCCCAUACUAAACACAAGCUGAUUAACCCUCAAAUCAAAACUAGUAAGGGUAUAUAUGAAAAAAUAACAAUUAAUGCUAUCUUAAAAUCUUCAAAGUGAGAUAACUUAGGAGGUGGUAUAAAAUAAUCUUUUUCCAAAACUAAGUGUUUUCAGGAGAAUUAAAAUUCUACAAAGGGGAAAAGGGAGACAAACAGCAUGAGGGCAUUGACAUUUUAAAAAAUGAGUUCCAGAAUUCCAACAUCACAGCAGCAGUAAGAAUGCAAAGGUCACGCAUAUUAUAAAUUCAAAAUCAGCAAACAUUUCCAGAGAAUUCUGGAAUGGUGAUAUUGUGUUACCUCCACUUGAAUACCCUUACAUCUCCAACACAGAGAUUUCAAGGCCUGUGAGAUUUUUUCCCCUCCAGCUUUCAGGCGGGAUAAAAUUUUUCCUGCUGAAUGUGCAAUAGCAUCAGGUUUAGCCUCUCUAAAGUCUUCAGCUUCAACUGUUGUCUGUAGAGAAAUUGACACAGAAAAUUAAUUUCUAGUAAUCUAAGUCUACAGAUAAAAACAAUGCCAAGGACUAGCACAUUUGGGGAAACUGAAAUCUCAUGUUCACCAACAACUGUGGUGGCAGGGGAAGGACUACAUUUCAAAUUCUCAAUUAUAAAAUAAAUUUCAAAGUAUGCCCCUCAAUUUCAUCAAGGAAACUGUUCAGAUACGGACUCAACAAAUCACAAAUUGUUACCCCUGAUUUGCAAAUAUUCAUAUUUGAGAUGUUGCAAAGAAAUAGAAGAAAACUUUUCAGAACUUGAUCUUGAAAUAAACAGCCAAAACUCUUUGAUUAUUGAAAUGUUUGAACUGCAAUUGUGUAAAAGUAGCAUGUAAUGCACUUAAACGAGAGAACAAGCAAAAUGAAGUAGUUACAACAUGAUAUUGGAUGACAAUGACGAUGAGGGUCCAAAAUUACAAAAUCAGCAACUCCAUUGCAGUCACUGACACGGCCAAGUUUAGAUUGCAACAAUAAAAUGAAGCAAUGAGCAAGAGGCAAUCUCCAAACACAAGUAAAGUAAAAAAAUAAAUAAAUAACAUACAUGAUGUCCAUGAGCUGAAAUUAAUUGAAUUUUAAUCAUCUCCAUCUUGUAAAAUGAAGUCCCAUUUCUAGGGGUCUGAUCCUUCUUCAAUUCCUCUGCACAGGUUGAAAUAUCUUCAGAUGAUCCUGAUUCAUGUUUAUGACCAUUGAUCCCACCAAGAUCUUCCAAUCUGCUAUCUAAAUUUUUCCCAAUCUCAUUUUUGUCAGCAUGGUGUGACUGGUUACCAGACAUAUGCCUCUGGAUGUCAGAGUGUUCUUCAAUGAAGGCAGGUCUUAUGAGGCCCUGGAUUGCUAAACCAGCUGGAGGCUGCUCCAUCCAAUCUAUAGGAUCAUCUAAUGCAGCCUACACAACACAAAUAAGAAAUAUGCAGGGAAAAAGAAGAUUUCACCUAAAACCACCAAACACUACUAACACUGGACAUUUAUGAUUUAUCAUAUUCAAAAUGAAGAUAUGAACCCUAAGUUCAGACAAGAAAAAACUGUAAGCUUUUAGCAUGUUUUAAGAUCAUCAUGGAAAGCACACAAUUUUAUCAUCUUUCCAAAAGUAUUUUUGCACUGAUCCAUCAUAAUAUUAAACACUUACAAUGGACAAUUACCUGUGCAAGCUUUUUUGCAAAAUACAUUGGAUGAGAAGUACGCAUUGUCUCCAACUUUGCCCAGUCACCAAGUGCCUCAUCAGAAUCGUAUUCCUCACCUUCAUCUUCAAUAACAGCUACCAGGUCCUAUUUACAAGAAAAAAAGAAAUCAUAGUUAAGCAUAUGCAUUUGGAAGCCAAAUACAAGGACAGGAAGUGGUUGCAAGGAUAAGGAAAAUCAGACCUCAUCAUAAUCUUCAUCUUCAUCAUCCUCAUCUUCAUCGUCAUCAUCUUCGACAUCACCAUCCUCAUCUUCAAUUUCCUCAAUUCCAAAAUCAACUUCUGAUGAACCCAAUAACUCCAUCUCACUGAUCAUUUCCAUGGCAUCAAAGCCGACGAUGGCUUGC